AUGGAUUUUGAAUAUCAACAACGUGUCCCAUCUACUGCUUCAAAUAGACGACGUCGUGAAUUGGAUGUUGACCAUGAACGGGGACAAGGGCAUGGGCGAGGACGAGGUCGAGGCCGUGGUCGAGGGCCCCUAAAGUGUCAUAAUCACUCUUCGAAGAUCCUUGUAUGGCCAUGGUGGUCAGUAGACAACAACAUCAGAUUCAAAGCCAUUAUUGAGCAGUCUGGGCUGUCACAAUUAGCUCGUUGCACUUAUCGGUUCGUCAACAAGCUUCUAAUCUCCAGUUUUGUUAAGAGAUGGCAACUUGAGAUGAACACAUUUCACAUGACAGUUGGUGAGAUGACCUUGACUUUGGAUGAUGUUGGCACUAUUCUUAGCCUUUCCAUUGUAGGUAGAUCAGUCAGCGUACCAGAUGUGACGUAUCAUCAUGGAGUUACACUACUAGUUUCUUGCUUGGGGAUUACUAAAUGUGUAGCACAUGAAGUGGUUUCUACUGCUGGUGGCAAUUCAGUCAGGCUUGAGUAG